UUUAGAGGCGGCACACUUUCAAAAAAAAUGUGGCGUUACAUCGCAGGCGUUAAGAGGUCCGCUGAGAAAACAUCUCAGGAGGAGCCAGUGGACAAAGAGGCAAAAGUCAAAAAACAUUUUUUUAAAGAACAAUGGAGAAAAGCAGACAAUGGGGAAUUCUGCGAUUGGUUAGUUUAUGACGAGACAAAUCUGAUAAUGUACUGCUCUGUAUGUCGUCAACACGCUCCAGAAGAUGCCAAAACUAAUAGUUUCAUUGUUGGGACUAAAAACCUAAAACUGGAAGCCAUAAAAGACCACGAAUCGUCCAAAUGCCACAUCCAGGUAAAAAAGAGAGCACAGGGAAAAGCAGCCCCGGAGAAUACGGCUGCCAUGAAGGCACUUACCAGCCUGAAGACGGCCCAGUUGGAUAAGAUGAAAAUCCUGUUUAGGAACUCCCACGCAAUCACGAAAAAAGGAAGGCCAUUUCAAGAUUACGAAUGGCAAUGCAAAUUAGAUGAGAAAAAGGGAAUUAGCACAGGUAGCAGAUACGUGAAUCGGAAGCAAGCCAGGGUGUUUAUAAAGCACAUAGCUGCAGCUGAGAGGAAGACCCUUCAGUCAAAGAUACCUCACCUAGACCAGAUUCAGUCACCAGAUGCUGAAGGGGUGAAUGCAGUGCAGAAGAGCAAAGCACGCCACUACUUCCAAACCUGCCGGGAUCCAGCAUUUUUCAUGUUUUGCAACUUCAUGCACGAUUGCCUGACUCACCUCAGCAGCCUCUCUCUGACUCUUCAAACCUCAGCUAUCACAGUGGCUGAAGUACACAGCUGCCUGACAGCCACCCAAACAGUGCUCACAAAAUACAAAACCAGACCUGGGCCCAAGCUGAAAGCCUGUAUAUGUAGGAGCACGAGAAUGAUGACCGCGUCCUAA